CUAGCUCGUCGUCAUCUACCAAGCAGAGGGGAGCCGAGGCGGAAAUACGCAGACAGAGACAUCGUCUGGACAAGAUUGUACAGCGCCACAUGGACGAUUCGCGGGUCGUUUAUGACCUGUCUCAUCAUGCGCACCUCGGCGCCAACGCCACGUGGAUGAUGUCGGGUAGUAUCGUAUCAACGCCAGGUGCGCCAUCGCCUCAAACCACCCCUCCGCUUGCCAACGACUCAAGCAGCACCUCGAGCAAAAUGAUCUCGGGAUUCGCACACGCGUGCAGUGAGAGAAGGAGCGCCAGCAGCACGCCGAGCGGUGGAGGUAUCGAGGGUGAGAGGGUGAAGGAAAUCUCUGGCGAUCAGAUGGACGAGGAAGGCGGAGAUAGGAACUCGACGUCGGCAGCCAGCUCAGACUCGGAGCAUAGUGGACAUGGCGAACCAACCAGCCAUGCACUUGGGCCCGCUACUUCAGCACCCGGUCCGCCUAUCUCAACGAGCUCACCAAUGCCCCAGACGAAGCAAAGCCUACGACCUCGUAAGCCGCCCGCCCCAAUUCCGAUUAGCGGGCCUCGACCUCCGAAAGUACUCCCGCGAGCUAUUCCGGCGGACGUUGUCACGUUUGCUCCCGAGACGCCUUUUGGGGAGAAAGGAAAGCAGGCGAAUAGGGGUAUCACUAACACUGGGUUCUCGCAUUUUGAAACACCGCCUGCGCCAACUACGCUAGCAAGCUCCCCAGCGAAAUGUCUUAGGCAGACGCCGGUUCCUGCGCCGAUGCCUUAGGUUGGCUUUACUCGUAGCAGGAUUUCCCGAGACACGAGAGGCAAAGUGCAAUCGGGCGAGUCGGCAAAGACAAGCGGCGGAUCUAGAGCAACCCGCGGCCGGCAACCUGUCCCGAGCCUAGCAACGCAACAACCCGGUGACGAUCUGGUGAGCAUCAUAGGCGUCCCGGGAGCUGGUCGAGGAGGCAUCGCGAAAAACGACAACAACGGCCACGUUCCUCGGACAACCACCGAAAGAAGUCUCAGCUUUCCUAGG